AUGAGAGGAGCCGCCGCCGGGACGCCCUGCCACCCCCCGCUGCCGAGCCCGGUAGGUCCCUCCAGGCCCCAGCGAGGCCCGGGAGUCCAGCCAGUGCCACCUAGCUCGUCUCCUCCCUCCCCCGACCCUGUACCCCCAGUCCUAGAUCUUUUUGCCCCCCUCCAUUCCCCUCCCCCUCAGCGCUCCUGGAUCUGCGCUCCCCCUCCCCCUUUCCUGUCUUUUCUCCCUCGGCUCCUGAUAGCCUCUCUGGGCAGCGUCCGGGGCCCGGGGCUGCCCUUCUCCGCCCCCGUCCCCUCACCCCAUGCUGCCCUGACUGCCCCUUCCAAGAACCAGUUACCCCCUCCCACACACACAACCAGCCUUGUUUAUCCUGGCCAGUCACCCCGCACAAAUGAAAUCGAUCUAUAA